CAAAGUCAACUGUCAACGUCAAAUACCUUUCAGUUUUCUUUCCAUAAUACGACAGCAAUCAUGGCCGUCGGUAAAAAUAAGGGUUUGUCGAAAGGAGGCAAAAAAGGAGUUAAAAAGAAGGUCAUAGAUCCUUUCACGAGGAAAGAUUGGUACGAUGUCAAGGCACCGUCGAUGUUCACCACGCGCCAAGUCGGCAAAACCUUGGUCAACCGUACCCAAGGUACUAGAAUCGCAUCUGAGGGCUUGAAAUUCAGAGUCUUCGAAGUUUCAUUAGCCGACUUACAGAACGACAAUGAUGCCGAAAGGUCUUUCAGGAAGUUCCGUUUGAUUGCUGAAGAUGUUCAAGGUAGAAACGUAUUAACCAAUUUCCACGGUAUGGAUUUGACCACCGACAAGCUGAGAUCGAUGGUGAAGAAAUGGCAGACUCUUAUCGAAGCUUCUGCUGACGUGAAGACUUCCGAUGGGUUCUUGCUUAGGGUAUUCUGUAUUGGUUUCACCAACAAAGAUCAGCAUUCCCAAAGGAAAACGUGCUAUGCCCAGCAUACACAAGUUAGAGCUAUCCGCAAGAAGAUGGUGGAAAUCAUCACCCGUGACAUCCAGGGUUCCGACAUCAAGGAAGUUGUGAACAAACUGUUGCCUGACAGCAUAGCUAAGGAUAUCGAGAAGGCCUGCCAAGGUAUUUACCCGCUUCACGAUGUCUACAUUCGUAAGGUGAAGGUGCUGAAGAAGCCGCGUUUCGACCUUUCCAAGUUGUUGGAAUUGCACGGUGACGGCGGCAAAGGAGGCGCCGGUGACACCACCGGUGAAGGCGGUUCUAAAGUAGAUAGGCCAGAGGGAUACGAACCACCCGUACAAGAAUCGGUAUAAUCUAUUUUGUUAUUUUAUAAUUGAAAAAGAUUAAAUACAGAACGUAUUUAAGGCAGGUUGCCUUUUUAUUAUUACCUCUUAGUAGUACCUUGUUAUUUUGCCUCGA